CUCUGAGCGGCUUGGACAUGGGCAUUUAGACGCAUCUCCCAUUUCUCCCGCGCUCUGACCAGGUCCACGUGGCGCUCACUAGAGUCAGCUCCUCCGCCCUCAGCUCUUCUCGCGCUCUCACCUCUCCAAACCCAAAAGAUCCGGACUUCUCUCAAUCCAAACGUAAGUUUGGAGUUGAUCGGGGGGAGAUUGUGAUCAUGGUCAAGCCAAGCGUUGGUUGAUGUCCCGAGAGCUGCUGCUGUGGUUGAUGUGCCUCUGGCUCAGACUGGAGAAGGGAUCGCAGAGUGCGAGCUACUUCAGUGGUUUGUUCAGGAGUAGCUUGGAUUGUGGGGUGUUCUUGAUGGCAUACAUGUUUAGCCUUGUUUCCGGUCAAACUAUUUCAAUUGACCAAAAGGAUUGUGCAAGACAUAGAGCUCGUAUCGUUGCUCUAUUUCUAUCUGAAGAUUCUCCAUGUCUCCGCGUCGACAUCGACUUCAUAGGAAUCGUUCCCUUUCGCAGCAUAGCGAGGGAGAGGUUCCCACGGCCUCUUCUCCAGCGACAUCCUCUUUCGGGGUCGAGUUCCCUAUGGGCAGUCUCUCUUCUCAUGCUACUACCGGUUGUAGUGGGGAGGUCUUCUCUUCGGUUUCCAUCAGGCAGGCUAUUGGUCCGCUUUCUCAGUUUGAUAAAGAUCGUUCCGAUGAAUCCUGCCGUUUGAUAUGAGAUGGGGACGUUAUUGCUUACGCCAGCUGAUCACGGAUGCUCCUUUUACUGCGGACUCUGUUUCUACUCAGGCUUUAAAGAAGCCCAGUUUUCUGUUCGGAGAUCACAUUGAGGAUCCGGCUAGGUUGAUUCUUACUGAUGAGCAUUGGCUGAAUAAAGAUGAAGGAGCUCUCCUGUAUAUUCCUUCCAUUCCUCGUCAGCAUUCUUUCACUCACUUAAAGAGGCAAGCCAUAGAGCGACAGAUGUCUUGGAAUCUUACAGAAGAUGCUGAUCGAGUUCAUUGUGGAUAUACCUCCCACCAUAAGACUCCUGGUUCUGUUGGGUAUCAUUAUAUUCACGGUCUUCGACCAGGGAUUCUGGAUCUUGAUACCACACCCCCAGGCGAGGUAUCAGCAGCCGCUCCUACUGUGAAGAAUCGUCUGGCUCAGCUUGGGAGGAGGUUACCUCCACCAGAUUUCAGAUGCUAUGGAUGGGCUUUCUCGCAACCCAAGGGAUGGUGAACACGUAUGACCAGUUACGUCUUGGGACGUUGGGAGAAUGAUCUAAAGAGCAGUGGGUUGUACGCACCUAUACGAGCCACUAUAUAUGGAUUCUCGGUUAGCUGUCACCACUUCUUGGCAUUGUUAGAGACAUAUAUCCCCGAUAGUAACACAUUUCUGACUAGCGGUGGAGAGUUGGGGCUGGCCUUGCAUGAGAUGCACCAAGUUUCUGGCCUUCCAAUGGGGGAUUGUCCGUACCAGGAGUAC